AUGGAGCAAAUAUGGAUUCCUCUGCUUUUAAUUUGCUGGGUAGCAUUUUCUGGUGCCCAAUUUAAUGGUUAUAAUUGUGAUCCUAAUUACCACAGUCGAUUUCCCGGUGAGCGGGAUAUUAGCGUAUACUGUGGUGUACAAACCAUCACUCUGAAGAUUAAUUUCUGCCCUGUGCUGUACUCGGGCUAUACUGAUGCUGACCUGGCCUUGAACGGUCGCCAUGGAGAUGCCCACUGCAGAGGCUUCAUCAACAACAACACCUUCCCCACCGCUGUGCUUUUCAGCAUCAGUCUCAGUACCCUCGAGGCUUGUGGAAACAGCCUGGUGGUCUCCACAGCUCAGGGACUCAAUGCCUAUGGGAACAUCUCCCUGGUACAGAUAGGAAAUAUAUCAGGAUACAUCGAUACACCGGAUCCUCCAUCAAUCAUUAGCUACUUGCCUGGCCUUCUAUACAAGUUUAGCUGUAGUUACCCUCUGGAGUACUUGGUAAACAACAGUCAGCUUGCAUCGUCUUCUGCAGCAAUAUCAGUAAAGGACAACAAUGGCACCUUUGUGAGCACUUUGAGUUUGAUACUGUACAAUGACUCCACAUUCAGUCAGCAGCUGUCCAUUCCAAUGGCUGGUCUAGCACUGAAAACUAGAGUGUUUGCAGCAGUCAAAGCCACAAACCUGGACAGGAGGUGGAAUAUCCUGAUGGACUACUGUUACACCACUCCCUCUGGGAAUCCCAAAGAUGAGAUACGCUAUGACCUUUUCUUUGGAUGUUAUAAAGACCCACAGACAACCGUUUUCGAGAAUGGGAAAAGCCAAACAGGCCGGUUUGCCUUUGAGGUCUUCCGUUUUGUCAAACACAAAAAUCAGAAAAUGUCCACUGUCUUCCUCCACUGUGUCACCAAGCUGUGCCGUGUCGACGACUGUGCCAUUCUUAUGCCGAUCUGUGGUCGACGCAGGCGGCGGGAUACAUCAGAGGACAGCUCUGUGGCCAGUCCUUCCUCUGGAAACGCUGUCAUAACUGCUGGGCCUAUUAUCACCAGGAGUGAUGAAACUCAGACCAAUAACUCUCAACUUGCCAGUGGCCGCUCCCCACAGCUGAACUCAGUAACCAGUGCUCUGGUGUCGGGUGUGGUCAUUCUGGGGAUGAUGAGUCUUAGCCUCUUCAUCCUCUCCCUCAGGCUGCUCAGGAGGCCCAGCACCGCUGCACUUACAGGGCUCUGGAACCCAGCAUUCAAAUAA